UCUUUGGCGACCCAACCAGUUUGUUUAUAAAUACAUGGCGCCUCCGGUGGCCUCCUCGCAAUUGUCGACAAGUCUCCACCAUCAUCGCUGCUCCCAGGUUUUCCGAGUGCGAAAGUAAAAGCGAUUUCCACCGAACCAGUCCAUCGACAUUGAAUUGGUCGAGGUGGCAGCUCGAGGAGAUCUGACGAUCGGCAAGUGUUCACAGAAACACUUUGACUCCGGUCCAGACAGGACGUACGCGUCGAAACUAACCAAACGUGAGCAUUGUCGGAUAGUGCGUGGGUAUUGAUUCGUCUGUCAACUUGAGUGAUUACUGCACGAUUUGUGAGUUGUCCAGUUUUUCUGGCCUUAAUAAAACAGGUUCUUUUGUGGAACAUAUCAGUCCAUGACACACUCACUAUUAUUUCAUACCGGUCAUCCUAGAGAAGGCGAAAGAAAGUGCGCAUCUUCCAUUAGAUAAUAGACCAGGCCUAACUCCUUACAGACCCUCACUCCUUAAGCCUGUAGCAAUCAACAAUUUCCUGGUGCACAGCUUCCUUCCUUUCUCCAGGUGGCAUAUUGCAUAAUCGGUUACGAUGUCAUCGAUCGUACAGCACCUGGUGUUCCUGACUCUGCUAUUGGCUGCAAUGCCGGCAUUGGGUCGCAAGGUGAAGCGAAAGGAGGGGCACUACCACCUGAAUGUGCCACCGCCACCGCCGCCGCCUCCCUCCCAUCAGGGUCCGUUGCCGCAGCAAACGGCGCUAGUUGAGCACGAGGUGCCCCCCUACACCUUCGAGGCCAUCAACCACGACGAGUUCGAGCCGGCCAAGAGUGCCAAAUUGUCGCUUUACGAGAGUUCCGACUACAUUGUACACACCCUGCACAACGGGGGCGGGGGAAGUGGCUACCUGGCCGACAAUGGACUCCGAAGCAUUGCCAAGGGAUCUGCGGAUCAGGCCAUAUCCGCAGUUGCGAGUCAAAAUGCAGCCGGCAAGCAGGCCUCCUAUGUGGCCAAGAGCACUCUAGCCCAGGCAGCCGCUCAGGCUGCCGGAACUGCGGUGGCCGUCCUCAAGGGCAAGGAAGUGCUGCUGCGACGGCUGGAGGACCAAAGUGUGGAGGCUCACAAGGCGAUGGAGAACGAGUUGACGCAACUACAGCAGGCAAAGCGAUCGGCUAAGGCCGCCCAAUAUGCGGCCCAGGAAGCCAUUAACCAUGUCAACGUCCUGACCGCUGCCCUUAAUAAUGCCCAAUCUGCCUCAGAAUUGGCUCAAAAAGCAGCUUCAGAGGCGGCUGCCGAAUUGGCUUCCCAGAUCGACAUGGUGGCCCAGGCCAAGUCCAAGCUGGAGCACGCCGAGUCUCAUGCCUAUGCAGCCCGCCUGGAUUACGAGGAGACCCGCGAUGCGGCGGAGAAGGCCACCCUGUCUGCUCAGGAAGCCCAAGUGAACGCUAAUGAUGCAGCUCUACAUGCCAAUGUGGAGCUCAGCGAAGCUGUUCAUAUCCAUGACAAGAGCGAUAGGAAUGUUGGGGAACCCCCACGCAACCAUCGACGACCGUGACCUGUUGAUUUUAAAUCCUAUUUAUUUUUUGUCCGCUAUUAGAUGUACAAUUUACAGAAUUUAAAAAAAGUUUAGUUUUUUUACUUGUAAUCUGUUAAAAAAUAAAGUGUUACAAUACAAUCGAUUCUGUAAUUUG